UAUGUAGGUGAGACGGGCAUCGGCAAAUCCACGUUAAUGGACACUUUAUUCAACACCAAAUUUGAAAGUGACCCAGCUACUCACAAUGAACCAGGUGUCCGGUUAAAAGCCAGAAGUUAUGAGCUUCAGGAAAGCAACGUACGGCUGAAGUUAACCAUCGUUGAUACCGUGGGAUUUGGAGACCAGAUAAAUAAAGAUGACAGCUAUAAGCCAAUAGUGGAGUAUAUUGAUGCCCAAUUUGAGGCCUACCUGCAAGAGGAAUUGAAGAUCAAACGUUCUCUCUUCAACUACCACGACACCAGGAUCCACGCAUGCCUCUACUUCAUUGCCCCCACUGGCCAUUCCCUGAAGUCUCUGGAUCUAGUCACCAUGAAAAAGCUGGAUAGCAAGGUGAACAUCAUUCCAAUAAUUGCAAAAGCUGACACCAUUGCCAAAAAUGAACUGCACAAAUUCAAGAGUAAGAUCAUGAGUGAACUGGUCAGCAAUGGAGUCCAGAUAUAUCAGUUCCCCACAGAUGAAGAAACGGUGGCGGAGAUUAAUGCAACAAUGAGCGUCCAUCUCCCAUUUGCCGUGGUCGGCAGCACCGAAGAGGUGAAGAUCGGCAACAAGAUGGCAAAGGCCAGGCAGUACCCCUGGGGUGUGGUGCAGGUUGAGAAUGAAAACCAUUGUGAUUUCGUGAAACUUCGGGAGAUGCUGAUCCGUGUGAACAUGGAAGAUUUGCGAGAGCAGACUCACACCCGCCAUUAUGAAUUGUAUCGGCGCUGUAAGCUCGAGGAGAUGGGUUUCAAGGACACUGACCCUGACAGCAAGCCUUUCAGUUACUGGGAACUCUGGAAAUGGUUUGUCCUCUUAGAAAUCCAUCAUUUAAACUCAGAUGUCCAUCUUGGUGCAAGCAAGAUCAUUUGGAGCAUCAAAACUGGCUUUGAAUCAACUGACUUGGCAAAUAGGAAGGUGAAAUCAACUUGGUUUUCCAUUUCUUGAGAGCCACUACUUUAAAAGGGGCUCAGACUUUCCCUCUGAGGCAUUUCCAGCAUCCCCAGCACUUCCUAUGAGCCUCGGACCACACUGAAGGGGGGGGGUUGCAGUGAGGGGACCCUGCUUGAAAGAUGACACAGUUAAGGAAAAGCAAAAGCUGCAGCUGAUUUGAGUGGCUUUCCAGAAUUUCAUCUUCAAAGUCCUCAUUCCUGGAUGCUCUUAGAUUUUUUUCCAUGGGAAUUUUGGGUGAGCUGGGAUGGGUAUUAAGUAUAUUCUCAAAGCAGAGGCUUUCUCUGCAGGUGUACAAUGAAGUCCAUCCUUCCCUUUGAGCACCCUGUGUCUACCCUUUGUCCUCCAAGCCCCUCUUGUGUUUAUGAAGCAGACAGUGACCUCUAAAACCAAGGCUAGGAAGGGGCAGCCAUCACCCGAAUAUAUUGUACAGUGUGAAGCAAAAGCAGGGUGAGCACAGUAACAGGCUGUAUGAAAGGCUGUACUGGGAAGUACAUCGGAGGCCGUAAAGCUGAGGCCGUCCCUGCUGGUGUCCUUGAACCUGCCUCAAUUCAGAGUUGUCCUGUGGCAGAAUCUCUGUAUCUGUGUACGUACCUGUCCAGAUGUCAGCUUGCUUUCCGCUGUGCCCAUCUUUCCCACCUGCUGCCCUACAGCCUUCUGGACCUUCUCUGCACCCACGUCUCCCUUCCCCUGACCUCAGUCGCUUUGUGGCUAGUGUCUGGAGAAGAGGAGGGGGACGUAGGACCCAAGUGGGGACCGCACCAAUCUUGUUCCUGCUGCUUUUCUCCUGAGACACCAUUGCCCUUUUCCCAACAAUUCCCGUACAAACUGCCCAUUCCUUAUCUCAGAAUGCCCCCUUUUCCUGACUCUGUUAGGUCACAAAAAGGGCUUAGUAACCACCAUUCUCUCAAGAGAUCACAAAGUUUUCAGGUCCAUGAGACCCAUUUGGUUGAGGGGAACAUGUAGACCUCGGUUCACCAGCUGUGCAGUGUAGUGGGUAGAACUCCUGUCUGAGCUUCUUCAUUGUGUGACCUAGACAGAUGACUAAACACUUGUAUCCAGGUUUCUUCAUCUAGAAAAUGGGGGAUAGUUAGUAAUACCCACCUUACUGGGUUAUUGUGAGGAUUGAUGAAUUCUCGUGUGUAAAUUGCUUCGUAAACACUGGUGAUGUGUUCUUUGGCAUGCCCUUCACCGGGUAGUUCCUGGGGAUUGGAACAGAGAGAGAAUUAUGUUGUGUGAAUUACCAGAAUAAAGUCUGAACUGAACUACCUGUACUCAAUUCUCCUUCCCUUUGACUUCCAUGAGUGACACCUAUCCCUGCGUAGGGCUGUUAAAAAAACGAGAAGAGGGGCGCCUGGGUG